AUGGCAUUUUUGACCAAAUUUGGCCUAUUUGAAUGCCUAGUCAUGUUCUUUGAUCUCUGUAACUUGCUGGCAAUGUUCCAGACUAUAAUGAACAUAAUCUUCUAUGACCUCAUCAUCACACAAGUCAUGGCAGUCUAUAUAGAUGACAUCAUAAUCUUUACAAAAAUAGUAGAAAAACACUAA